UGGGGGUCGAGGGAGGGUAGAUCACACGUUCUCUCCAGAAGUUGUUCUUCUUUAGUUCUCACUCUGUCCGUGCAGCAAACUCCAUCUCUUGUCGCUCCUCAUGAUGAUGAUUCGGACCCUUUCACAGUUCAUUUGCCUCACCGUAGUCUGCUGUUUCGCAGAGGGAAUGAGUAAAAGUAAAAUUUGUGCAAAUGUGUUCUGUGGAGCUGGGAGAGAAUGUGCAAUAUCAGAGAAAGGAGAACCCACCUGCCUGUGCAUAGAGCAAUGUAAAACCCAUAAGCGUCAAGUUUGUGGCAGCAAUGGGAAAACAUACCGGAAUCAUUGUGAGCUGCAUCGUGAUGCUUGUCUCACUGGACUCAAAGUACAUUUUGCCCAUGAUGGACAUUGUGAAAAGAAAAAAAUUGAAAAGUUCACCUACAGCCCAAUUGUUUGUUACCUGGCGGACCGUAAUGAGUUGAGAAGUCGUGUGAUUGAAUGGAUGCAGUCAGAGGUGGAACCUGACGGCUGGUUUUCUAAAGGAUCCAACUUCUCAGAUGUCCUACUCAAAUACUUCCAGAACUAUGAUAAUGGAGACGCUCAGCUGGACUCCACAGAAUUCCUUAAGUUCAUUCAGCACAAUGAGACUGCCACCAAUAUCACUUCUUACGUUGAAGAGGAAAACAACCAUCUGCUCAGAAGUCUGUGUGUGGAUGCUCUUAUUGAGCUGACUGAUGAGAAUGCUGACUGGAAACUGAGCUUUGAUGAGUUUCUCAACUGCCUCAGGCCUGGAUUCAACCCUCCAGAGAGACAUUGUGCCUUGGAGGAUGAGACGUAUGAGGAUGGGGCUGAGACUCAGGUGGAGUGUAACCGCUGCGUUUGUGCCUGCGGAAACUGGGUCUGCACUGCUGUAACCUGUGAUGGAUCAAAUAAGUUACCUGCUCUUGAGGGAAUUGAGGGAAAUGACCAGGAGAUGACAGAAGAGGAGUGGACGCAGCGAGUGGCCGAACUCAGUAAACUUCAGGAUACUGUGGAGAGGAUGAAAGUGGCCACUAAGUCUGAGUAGAAUGGAGUAAUCUAAACUGAAAGACAAAACAAGCAUGAGAGCAGGGAAAAAUUUCAGCUUCAGUUUACUAGUGUUUUAAUUCUAUGGGAAAAAAUAAUUUAGUUUAUUGCAUUAAUUAUUGCAGUUCUCAGAAGUGUAUUCCAUUAUAUAUAUCUUUUUUAUUUGUUUAUUUGAUAUUAUAAGACUUUAUGUUUUGUACCUGUUGUGCAAACUAUUAAAAACAUUUAAAUAUUUUUUUUUAUGCAUUUAGUGUAAUUGUAAUGUUUUUGUGUACAGGGUUUUAGACAAAAAAUGUUGGCCAAUAAUCAAUUCAUCAAAAUGACCCUGUAAAUAUCUUAAGGUUUUGUGACCCAUAAAUAACUGGUCACGAUCAUGACAGUUGACCGCAGCAAACAUCAGAGAGUGAAAGUGGCCAGAUUGAAGAAUGAAUCUUUCUUAGUUAAAACUUCAAAAUGUAUUCUGUCUGCACCGAUAAA